AUGGCGUCGGGCAUCGAGGAUGUGGAAAGUAUAACUGGGCGUGUGGCACAUCAAUACGACGAGGCAAAGAAGGAUUUCGAAGUAGCUCAGGCGCACCAAGAGGCUGUGAUCGAGGCCGCGUGUAUCGAUACGGAGGCUAUUCAAGAUCCUCUAACAGUCCCCGGCCUUCUCAAUUCAUCGUCUUCACCACUCUCGGAGAAAUGUGCAGAGUCUGCCCGGCAACCUAUGCUUGUAAGCGAGACCAAGACGAAAGAGGACAUAGAAGCUAGCAAUCCUGAGAAGCCAGCCGGUUCCCUCCAGUACCGAGCCAACGACUACUCGAACGUUCUCUGGCACUGGGAAGGUGAAUACACCAAUCGUCUGUCUUUAUAUGGCUGCGCCGUCAAGCGUCCUAAUGGCAGUUGGUACAUACUUGAGUGCCGGGUAUGCCAUGCGAAUCUCCCCAACAACCUGACUUCGAGAAACGGUAUUCUGGAUGGCAUCAAGGCAUUCUACGUCCACCUCCGUCAAGCUCACGGUAUGGACUUUGGUGACGAUGUCAUGGCGUGCAGGGAGCAUUGUCAACUCAUCAAGCAGACGAUUGUCCCGGAGACGACAGCCGAGAAAGCAGAAAUUAUAGCGGCCAGAGCCCAGCCUGACCUCACCAGACAUAAAGGUGGUUCAACCAAGCGUGAGUUCACCGAUACCUGGGACUAUGGUCGCGGUCAGCUUCUAGUUGACUUCAGUUAUGGUGGUCUCGGAAAUGAUUACGACAACGAGAAAGACUUGGCUGCGUACACACCAUCACUUAGAAAGGCCAAGAUUGCCACUAAAUGCAAGGUGAUUACCGUUUCGGACGACGAUGAGGGCCAGCAAUACGAGGAAAUUAGUACGGUAUUCCCCUUCGACACGCCAAAAAAUCUCGUCCGUAGGAAGACACCGAAGAAGACGAAAGGCCACCAUGUCAAUUCAACCAACGACGACGACGAUAUUGAUGGCGAGGUUCGGAUCUCAUCGCCGUACUUCAGGGAGACAGCACCACGACCAGCCAGCAUUCUCGCUUCUACACCUGCGAAUACGGAUCGCUCUCUCGAGACACUACGAUCCUAG